GAGAAAGAGGAAGAGAGAGAGAGAGAGAAAAAUGGGUGAGGUAGCAGAUACAAUGACGAAGAAGAAGAAGAAAGGAAGGCCAUCUCUAUUAGACCUUCAAAAGCGAGCUAUCAAACAGCAACAAUUACAGCAACAGCAACAACAUCAUCAUCAAGAGGACGAUGACCACCACCACCAGCAUAGAUCCGGUUCCAAAAACCCUAAUUCUCUCAAUCACGGCGCCAACUCCGCCUCCCGAUCCAAACGCCGGAACCCUAAUUCAAACGGCGUAACAUCCGAUUCGGCCUGGAUCAAAGAUGAAGACAACAGCAUCGAGGACAACGACGAGGACGAGCGGCGUGAGAAGAAACAUAGGCUUUUACAUGGAUUGAACUCUCACUCUCAUCGACAUUCUCCUAAUUCCCAAUCGGAUCUGAAUCUCGACGAGACUCCCGAGGCUUCCGCCAAUAGACGCAAGAUCAGCGGCGGAUCUAAUCACACGGGAGAAAAGGCUUCGAAAGCGACAGACAACAUUCUUCAAGGGUCUCCCGUGGAGUCUGGCCCCACUACACCUUUGCCAGACAAAAAGUUGUUGGUGUUCAUCCUCGAUAGACUUCAAAAGAAGGAUACUUAUGGCGUUUACUCUGACCCUGUUGAUCCUGAGGAGCUUCCUGAUUAUCACGAGAUUAUCACGAAUCCUAUGGAUUUUAGCACUGUGCGGAAGAAACUAGAUUCUGGAUCAUAUGCCAGUUUAGAACAAUUUGAGAGAGAUGUGUUUUUAAUAUGUACAAAUGCAAUGGAAUACAAUUCAUCAGACACUGUAUAUUAUCGACAGGCACGUGCUAUACAAGAAUUAGCGAAAAAGGACUUUGAGAAUUUAAGGCAGGACAGUGAUGAUGAAGAACCACAAAACCAACAUUCACAACAGCAGCAGCAGCCAAAAGUUGCCAAAAGAGGACGCCCGCCAAAGAAACAGCCUGAACCAUCUUCCAUUGACCGUACUGCUUCUGAAAUAUCAGCUGAUGCGCUCAUUCCCGGAGGAGAUAGCUCUAAUAAAUUUUCUGGUGCUUACAAUCUGAGAAAGACGCCUCCAUAUAAGUUCCGUCAAGCAGAAUCAUCAGUUAGAAUCAAUCAUAACAGCGAGACCCAAAGUGGUUGGUCGAUAGAUUGGGAGAACGAAUUUCCAUCUUCGGUUGUGAAGGCGGUUAACAAGUAUGGAAUGAAACAUUUCAAUGUUGAUGAAAACAGACGUGAUACCUACAACAACCUCUCGACAUCUACCCAGGAACCGUCAGUCUUGACAACUCUUGAAGACGAGUUAAAACAGUUGAUUCCAGUUGGCCUAAACACUGAGUAUGGUUACGCGAGGAGUCUAGCACGAUACGCUGCAAAUCUCGGCCCUGUUGCGUGGAAAAUUGCUUCAAGGAGAAUCGAGACAGUAUUGCCCCCUGGAAUCAAAUUUGGUCUAGGUUGGGUUGGAGAGAACCCAGCAGGAUCUGAAGGGGAUGAUUCUCAAAAACAAAACUUAUUAACGUCAAUCGGAAAACAAAAGUGUUCUAAUGACUUAGCGUCUGAUGAUCAUUCCAACAGAAUUCUGUCUCCAACCGCUUCAGUCUCGAGCGCUUUCAUAGGAAACAGACAUUCUUCUUCUCAAACCAUCGAAGAGACCGCACCACCACCUGCUCGUGUCUUGAAUCCAGAGACCGAUCACGCAUCAUCCUCCUCUUCCCGCCAGGCUGGACCGCUGAUCAAACUAGAGAGUAGCAACGGCGUCAUCCGCGGAUUUGGUGGAUUCAGCCAUAAUGCAGAUCAGAUGCUCGGAACAGCGAGACAGCAACAACCAAACACAAGCAACGAGGCCACACCGAGCUCGCAACAACAAGGGUUGUUGUUUCCUUACACCAAACAGGAAUUCCACCGGUUUCCGCCAGACCUGAACGCAAGGCUAGUAUCACCAAACUCGCCGGGCUCUAAUCAGCAGACAGGUUCGUCCUCAUCGCAGCAUCCGGAUCUGGCAUUACAGCUCUGAAGAUGAAUAUGAAUAUUUGAAAGAAGAAGAAGAAGAGGCAAUUGGUCCACUGGCUAUCUCAGCCAUAUAUUUUCUGGUAUGAAAUCUUGUGGAAAGUCAUGGCUUGAUUAUUUUGUUGUGACAUGAAAAUAUAUGGGACAAGUCUCUCUCUAUUGUACAGAUUGUUGCAACUUCCAUAUAAUUUUUUUAGGGGUAAAAAGAAAAACCACAGGAGUCACGCAGGCUGUAGAAUAUAAUUUAUAUUUUAAAUUUUCCCAGAAUUAUUUUUUUCA